UUUCGCGCCAAUUUGAAACAACGGAACACAGUCAGUCUGAGCGGCACGAGACACGAGCUGGGACGCGCGCGCCGCCGGGGGUCUUUUUUCUUUUUAAACUGUUCUUUCCCGUCAAAGGUGUGGUAAACAUGGAGGAGGCCCACAAGCUGAUUGGUACCGGCAAGAAGCACUUGGUGAUGGGGAUGGUAGUGGAGGCUGUGAGCACCCUGCAGGAGGCCAGCGGCAUGCUGGCUAAAGAGUUUGGAGACACAGCGGACGAAUGUGGCGAGGCUUUCUUCUGGUAUGGCAAAGCUCUCCUGGAUUUGGCACGGAUGGAGAACUCGGUCUUGGGUAAUGCUCUAGAGGGAGUGCCGGAGGAGGAAGAAGAGAAACCCAAAGACUCCAAUGUUGAGAGCACAGACAAUGUAGAUGAAAAGACCAGAGACGAGCUGAGGGUGCAGGUGUACGACGCCAUGGCGGAGAAGAAAACUGAAGACGGGGAGAAGGUUGAAGGGAAGCAGAGUGAGGAUCCACAGGAGAAGACGGAAGGAGCCGAGGCUGGUGACAAAAAGGAAAACACAGAAAAAGUAGAGGGGGAGGCUGAAAAGGACAAUAAGAAUGAUGAAAGCAAAUCUGAAAGUAAAGAUAAGAAGGAAAAGAGUGGGGAGGAAGUGGAUGCAAAGGACGACUCUGAACCUGCUGCUAAGGAGAAGGAGGGGGACUCUGCCGCUGCUAAGAAGGAGAAGACUGCUGCUAAAGAAGAGGAGCCAGCUGAGAAGAUGGACUCUGCUGCUGAAGAGGAAGAAGCAGCUGCCGAGGAGGAAGCAGAUGGCGAGGAAGAUGAGGAGGAAGGUGGCGACGAUGUAGAACUGGAAGGUGAUGCAGAGGAGCAGGGUGAAGGAGAUGCCACUGGGGAGAAGGACAGUGACGAUGAGGAGGUGGGUAACCUGCAGCUGGCCUGGGAGAUGUUAGAAGUGGCCAAAGUCAUCUACAAAAGGAAAGAGACGAAGGAGGCUCAGCUAAUGGCAGCCCAGGCUCAUUUGAAACUGGGUGAAGUUUCUGCUGAAUCAGGGAACUAUCCACAAGCACUGGAGGAUUUCCAGGAGUGCCUGAAGCUGCAGGUGAAGCACCUGGACUCAGACAGCCGCCUGCUGGCAGAGACUCGCUACCAGCUCGGUGUGACCUAUAGCCUGAACACGCAGUACAGCGAGGCCAUCGAGUCUCUGAAGAGCUCCAUCUCUAUCAUAAAGAACAGGCUUGACAAGCUGCAGGAGAUGCUUGACAAAGCCGAAGGUCCAGAGGCUCUGCCAGAGGAGAGGAAGGAGCUGGAGGAGCUCAAAGCUCUGCUGCCAGAGAUCCAGGAGAAGGUGGAGGACGCCACCGAAAGCCUGAAGACGGCGAGCGCGGCUGUGAAGGAUGCACUGGACGGAGGCUCCACUUCCUCUGCCUGUGAUGGUUCCACUGUAAAGAACAGAGACUCUUCUUCCACUUCAGAGAUUAAAAGCACAUCCACUUCCAAUGGCAACACCUCCACAGCUGCAGUCUCUGACAUCUCCCACCUGGUCAGAAAGAAGAGGAAACCAGAGGAGAGUCCGGUGAAGGAGGAUGUGAAGAAGGUGAAGCAGGACAACAGUCAGCCAGGCGAAACGCUUCUCACUAAUGGAGAUGCAGGUGAACACGCCAAUGAUAUGGAAGUCGAAAGUAAGUGAAGCUGCACUUUGUCUCCGUUCAAGAAGAGAUUCACCAGCACAACAAGCUCUUAACUGUCUCUUACACGUUUGCUGUUGUAAAUACAUGUUUGUUUGACAUUAUACUGUAAAAUUCAAUAAAGAUGGUUGUAUAAACCUGU